AUGACAUCCUCCACCCCCACAAUACCAACCCUCCACACCAAAGCCGAGUACCUCAAAGCCGUCAUGUACGAAGGCGUCACCAUCCUCGAAGGCACAGCCACCUGGUGCAAGAACUGCCACAUCGUCGCCCCUGAAGUCGCAAAGAUGGUGGCGGAGUACCCAAAUGUCAAGUUUUAUACGUAUGAUGUGGAGGAGUGUGAGGAUAUUGCGCAGGAGCUGGGGGUUAGGAGUAUGCCGUCGUUUAGUGUGUUUAAGGAUGGGGAUAUUAUGGAGGGGGUUACAGGGGCGAGGCCGAAGGAGGUGAGGAGGGCUAUUGAGGGGUGUUUUCUCGAGAAAUAUCGAGAACUUGUUACCAAGGAAGAUUUCGCGAUCAUCGCAGCGGAAUUUUACACUGAGCGUCUCUCCAAAGAUACCAAACUACCGGUGAUCUCGUUCACCGAUUUGGCACAGACUGCUACCACAGAAACAAAAGCUUGGGAAGCCGCCCGCGAAACUCAAGACUCAAUCAAACGUCUAGAACACAAACUCCAAGAGAAGGAAAACCUGUUGGCAGGCAUUAGGGGUUCAACAAAAACGGCGACAGAUCCUACUGAAGAGAUUGAGCUCAGGAGAGCCAUCAGAGACUGCGAGUGCAAGCUUCUCACUGCCGCUCAAGUUCACAUCAAUCUCUUCACCUCUAGCUUGAAAGCUGCCGGAGAAGACAUUGAAGUAGAUACUGCUUCCGGAGUCGUAGUCUUGGCACCUAGAAGUGUGUCAGCUGUCGUCGAACUGGACCCGCAGCUUCGGAAGAUCGGGCUACGUAGACCAGAGCCGAGUUUUACUGACGUUCAAUCUGUUCAGCGACGUGUGUUCAAUGUCGGCGACAUCGGCUGGUUCCCAGUUCUGCGCCCCUCUCUGCUCGAGUCUGACUCAGACAUACACACUGAAUUUGGCUACAUCUGCGCUAAGCUGUAUCCGCUGAUCAUAGUGGAGAAGCUUCGUGACAGCAUGAUAGGUUUGCUUAUCAACACGUCAGGUGGAAAAGGUCUGAGGAAGAAGGGCACUUCUGUCCUCAACCGAAGCGCUCCAAUUGUCAAAUACCCAUAUACCACCCCCCCGCAAGCUCUAUGGGGAGAGGAGCUGUACCCGAAGCAAGUUCUCAACGUCCAGAUGUCCAGCAAAUACGAUCCGCCAAUAGGCGCCUACGUCGACAUGCUCAACACCGUCAUGGUACCGUAUGACUCGAGGUUCCGAAAGGGAGGGACGAUAGUGAAGGACGAUAUUCUUCCUCUCCAGCAGAUGCGGCUUUCAGCGCUCAUCGCAACCUCUGAAGCCGGACAUUUGGAAAGCUUGUCUGGAUUUUGUGACUGGAUAUGGAAGUGGGGAUUUCAGUUCGGUGUCUUCCCAAAGCUGGGGGAGUAUUACCGUAAAUACUAUCUGGCCAAGGUGUACAAGACACGGCAGCAGCAAGAGAAGGUACAAGCUGAAGCUCGAGAAAAGGCAGAGGCUGAAGCGAAGGUUAAGGCUAAAGCACGGUCGGAGGCUAAGGAACGCGAAGAGGGAAAGCAGCGUGAAGAGGCAAGGAAACGCGAAGAGGCAAGGAAACAAGAAGAGGCAGAAAAACGUGAAGAGGCAAAGAAGCGUGAAGAGGCAGAAAAGUUCGAAGAGGCAAAAAAGCGUGAAGAGGCAGAAAAGCGUGAAGAGGCAAAGAAGCGUAAAGAAGUAGAAAAACGUGAAGAGGUAAAGAAGCGUAUAGAGGCAAAGAAGUGCGGAGAGGCCAGGAAACGUGAAGACACGAGAGAGCAAGAAGACGCGCGGCAACGCGAAGCUGCAAAGAUAGAGACGGACAGGAACCUGAGGGCGUUAACGCGCUCCGCGACCUCGCAUAGCAUGUUCGCCUAA